AUGAAGCUUAUUAUGUUAGGAUGUGAAUUUUCUGUUGUUGUUGUUGUUACUAACUUAUAUGUGACAAACAUUGUAUUUUGUUUUGGUGCAUUGUUGUAUGUAGCUGUAAUGCAAUGUAGUCCUGUUUUCACUGUAGCACAUUCUGAUGCAACAGUGAGGGAGCCUGCUGUGAAGAACAUGCUGAAAGCUUUGUACUUUCAGUUCACCAUGGGAGUCUUACCGAUGUAUGCUGUUACCUUUAUUGGCUACUGGGCUUAUGGAUCUUCAACAUCAACAUAUUUGCUGAACAGUGUAAGUGGCCCAGUUUGGGUGAAGGCUGCUGCUAACAUUUCCGCCUUCCUGCAAUCCGUCAUUGCUUUGCAUAUAUUUGCAAGUCCAACAUAUGAGUAUUUGGACACAAAGUUUGGAAUUAGAGGAAGUGCCUUAAAAUUGGAGAACUUAUGCUUCAGAAUUGCAGCAAGAGGUGGCUACCUUGCUAUCAGUACACUGGUGUCGGCUCUUCUCCCAUUCCUCGGCGAUUUUGAGAGCCUUACAGGGGCAUUGAGCACCUUCCCUCUAACAUUUAUCCUAGCAAACCACAUGUACCUAGUGGCAAAGAAGAACAAACUGAUUUCUUCACAAAAGCUCUGGCAUUGGCUCAAUGUUGCUUUCUUCAGCUUCAUGUCUCUUGCAGCAGCAGUUGCAGCUUUAAGGCUCAUAGCUGUGGAUUCCAAAGAAUACCAUGUAUUUGCUGAUCUAUGAUAUCUACAAAGUCAAAUCCUAUUUACCAAGAAUAACAUCUUUAUUAUACAUAGUUAGCAAUUUCAAACUAUCAUUCCCUGAAUGAUAGUUUGUCUUCCAUUUUCUUUCUCAUUUGCCUCAAGCGUGUAGGAAUUGAUUGAUACGCUCUAUUCAUUUAACUUGCAACCUCCUAUUCAACCAA